AUGUCCUCUCACUGUCUUCCCCCGUCCCCUUCCACUUGUUUGUUGGUUCCUUCGUAUAACGUGUAUGAUGUUCACAGGCUACCGCACGGCAAAGGGACGUACAAGUUUGCCAAUGGGAACCUGUACAAAGGAGAGUUCGAAAAUGGACAAUUUCACGGGAAGGGAGAGAUGCAUUAUCCAGGCUACGGAAAGUUUGUUUCUCAAUAUGAGAACGGAAGAGCGAUAGGAGGAACUUUCCUGUUUGAAGAUGGUCUAGAAUACAAACCACAGGGAUGGAAAUAUUGUGUCGAAGGAGACAGACGAUUUUAUCACGAAGUUGUUGAUCCAAGAUUUGGCCUGAUGGAUGAAUAA